AUGUUACGAUUGCGGGAUACAGCCCUAGUACGAUCCAGUAAAUACUACCACCGUGUCGGCAACCGAAAGUCGGGUCGAAGAAGCCGACAAAUAUCACCACCGAAAUAUGGCGGAUCGUACCCUGUGGUCGGUUCGAGCGCGCCAGGCGGCCAGGCCCCUGCAGUAACCCCCGGAGCCUCCGAUACCCAAAUGGAGACAAGGCCCGCUACUUUCUCGGAAGACAUUACUGAUGUGGUUAAAGUAGUCGGCAUCCCGCUUCAAGCGUAUGGAAAAAAGAGUUGA